AUGGCCACCACCAACUACACUAACGGCUGCGCUGCACCGAACAAUGCCGCGAACGGCGCCAGCAACCAUGUGGUCUUGUUCCCGUUCAUGGCGAAGUUCCACACCCUCCCACUGCUUGACUUUGCCACGGCGCUCUCCAUGCACCAAAAGAGCCUCCGCGUCACCGUGGUCGUCACGCCGGCCAACGUCGCCUUCGCCCGCAGCCGCCUCCCCGCGUCGGUACACCUAGCCGUUCUGCCGUUCCCCUCGCUGCCGCCUCUGCCGGCCGGCGUCGAGUCCACGGACGCACUGCCCAGCCCGGCCCUCUACCCGGCGUUCCUGAAGGCGACAACGCUCCUCCGUGAGCCUUUGGCCGAGUUCAUGGCGUCGCUCCCGUCCCCGCCGCUCGUGCUGGUGUCCGACUUCUUUCUCGGAUUCACGCAGCGUGUUGCGGCUGACGCCGGCGUCCGCCGCAUCGUGUUCCACGGCAUGUCUUGCUUCUCCCUGGCCGUGUGCAAAUCUCUGAUGCUGAGCCCGCCGCCCAGCCACGAGCACGGCGCCAGCUUCCACGUGGCCCGUAUGCCGGAACACGUGAGGGUCACGAUGGCGGAUGUCCCGGACACUAUAGCGAACAUCGCCAACCCCGAGCACCCGGUGACCCGCUUCAUGAUCGACAACAUCGGAGAUUCGGACGAGCGUAGCUGGGGCGUCCUUGUCAAUAGCUUCGGCAUGGUGGACGAGGACUACGUGGCGCCCCUCAUGUCGUUCUACCGGCCGGAAGUCCGUGCCUGGCUGGUCGGUCCGCUUUUUCUCGCCGCCGGCGACAUGCCGGAGCACGAGGAGAAUGUUGACCCCGAGGGCUGCCUCCCCUGGCUUGACGAGAGGGCAGAGCGGUCGGAAUCGGUGAUCUACGUGUCGUUCGGCACGCAGGCCUACGUCCCCGACAAGCAGCUCGACGAGCUGGCGCACGGGCUAGUGCAGUCCGGCCACCCCUUCCUCUGGGCAGUCCGAUCCGGCACGUGGUCGCCGCCGGUCGACGUGGGGCCCCAGGGACGGAUCAUUCGUGGAGGCAUCAUCCCCCAGAGAAGCGUGCUCUCUCACCGUGCGCUGGGAGGGUUCUUGAGCCACUGUGGGUGGAGCUCGGUGAUGGAGAGCCUCGCGGCAGGGAAGCCUGUGCUGGCGUGGCCGCUGAUGGCCGAGCAGCACCUCAACGCGAAGCAUGUCACCGACAUAAUCGGCGCUGGUGUCAGGAUCAGCGCCGGGGGCGCGGUCGUCGACAGGACGGAGGUGGAGGAGAAGGUGAGGAGGCUGAUGGACGCCGGCGAGGAAGGGCAGAAGAUGCGGGAGAGGGCCACCUGGGCGCGGCAGGAGGCGAAGGCAGCGGUGAGCGGCGGUGGCACGUCGCACGAGGCACUGAUGAAGCUGGUGGAAGAGCUGCAGCGAACAGGAUAA